UUAGUAAAAGACAAGUGUCGGUGAAAUCCUGGAAAGUGGUGACGUGUUGUCACGUGACAUGACAGCGGACAGACCCGUGAAGUGUUUCUUUCGUCCUUUUUCACAAAUGACAGUAAACUUGUAAUGACUGCCUGGCAGGGGGAACAGAAAGAAACAGGAAAAACAAUCAUAUUUGCUGUGCAACUCGGUCUGUUUGUUUGUUAGCGCGGUGCCGCUGCUGCGCCCGUGGUUGUUUACGUCAGCCCGUGGUUGUUUACGUCAGCGUCCGCAUUCCUUCGCGCUCUUGUCUGCGGCACUGAUUUCAAACUAAUGUCCACUCGACUACACUCGCAGCUCGCCGUUUAUUCGCCAACUUAACGCCAACAACAGCUGGAGGACGGCGGAGAAGCUGAGGUGACGGUUGUGUCUUCUCUCGUGGACGCUGGCAGGGGAAGACUUUUACACCAGGGCUAUUCAACUGGCAGCCCGGGUGCCGAAAACGACCCUGGAAUGACGACAGACUGGCUCCCGAGUUCAUUUCAAAACUUGUUGGUAGAUCUGGAUCCAGAGCCAGAGCCCAGGUUGGGGGGAAGAGGCAAAGGUGAGCCCUCAUCAGGACUAGACCAUGAUAUCGACUCCUGCCUGCGUAGCUCUACGCUGGAAAUCCGAGGGAAAGAAAUUCGUGAAAAGGGCUCGGAGAUCCUCCGCGAACAACUGGAUGCUGCAAAGAGGGAACUGAAACUCAAAGAUAAGGAGUGUGAGCGUCUGUCUCAGGUCAGGAAUCAGCUGGAACAAGAGCUGGAGGAACUGACAGCCAGUCUGUUUGAGGAAGCUCACAAGAUGGUGCGUGAAGCAAAUGUCAAACAAGCAGCAUCAGAGAAACAACUGAAGGAGGCUCAGGGCAAGAUUGACGUCCUGCAAGCAGAAGUGACAGUGCUCAAGUCUCUGGUCUUGACGUCCACGCCGUCCUCUCCAAAUCCCCAGCUGCAUCCCCAGCUGCAGCUUCCAGUCGCCUGGGGGGCGCAUAAAAUGAUCGCAGGUCAUACUCGCAACAAGAGUGUGAACGGCAGUUACCCGUCCCCACCUGGAAGUUCCGAAACAUCAUCUGUUUCUCUUCAGACUAUAGUCAAAGAGGACAGCGAGAUAGAUUCAGUUCUCUUUGCCGAAUUCCUGAUGUGGAAGGAAAAGCCCAGCCUGGAUCGCUCGUCUGCCCUCAUGAGUCGGAUCUACAGAGAGGAAAUAACACCCUCCCUCUCCUUUACGCGCUCAGAGCUGUCCCAGCUUGUGCAGAGUGCUGUGGAAAACAACUCUUUGACUAUUGAGCCUGUGGCCUUGUCAGCGUUACCAAUGGUUAAAGUCUCGGCAAUAGGGUGUGGAGGCCCUAAUGGCUGUAGGGCAGCAGUAGAGACAAAAUGUGCGUUAAGUGGCGUGUCACGACUGUGCAGACAUCGCAUUAAACUUGGCGACAAUGGGAGUUACUACUACAUCUCCCCAUCAAGUCGAGCACGGAUCACGGCGGUGUGCAAUUUUUUUACCUAUAUCCGCUACAUUCAGCAGGGCCUGAUCAGACACGAUGCGGAGCAGAUGUUCUGGGAGGUGAUGCGUCUCCGAAGAGAAAUGACUGGGGCCAAGUUGGGUUUCUACCUUACGGAGCAGGGUUAGGGCACCCAGUGGACCAGCGUGAGGAGAUGACCACAACACAUCAGGCUUAAAAUGUGGUAAUUAAUCACAGCUUUAGUGCUGGAGAGGUCAGCUGAAAAAAUACCCCAUCACAAGAAGAAAAUGGAAGGAAAAAGUAGUUUUUAUUAUGCUCAAAGACUUACAUCAAUAUUGAGUCCUGCCUUACACCACACGUUGCUUUGUAAAUAUUACCUCAAGGUACAAUCAACACACAAAUUCAGCCAUGAAAAUAUGUGCCAUGAGCCAGCAUUGUCUGGAAUUUUGCAAGCUUGAACUUCCUGUUCUUGAUGCCUUGUUAAGAAGCAGCAGCUGCAGUCUCGUGUUGGCUCGCCCUAUUUAAUUGAUGAAAUGUUCCGUCCUCUACAGCUGUGCUGUGCAACUGACAUGUAUUGGAAACGCUUUAAUAAACCAGAUGAGUGACGUUUUGUACUUCUCAAAUCAACACUAGAUUUUGUAUGUUCUGUACUGUAUGAGCCAUUUACAACUGAGCAUGAAUGCAGUCCAAGGCCAUAUUAUGCAAUUUGAAUUGGCUGUUUUACCUUAUGUUGUAGAAUUGUUAAUUUACGUAUUAUUUUUAACCGUCAACUCAAGAAAACUCUAUUUUGAAACUGAAAAUGAAGAAAUGUCUCGGUACAAAAGUGCAAUAAACACUUAUUGGUCUCUAUAGGGUUUUGAGAUCUUCAAACCUAGUGUAACUUUUAACAACAUUCCAUUAAAGUCUGAUAUGC